AUGUCGACUGCGACCACAGCUCCCUCCACAGCUCCUGCACCCGUUAAGGGCAUGAGGAAAAAUGCUAAUGUUUCUGGGGUACCCGCAGGCAAAAACUGGCACGACGCUAGGAAGCCCUUCCGACCCGCUGCCGGCAUGACCUCGUUUGCGAAAAGACAGGAACUGCGUAAACAGCAUGAAGCCAUCAAGGAACACGAAAAGGAACUGAAGGAAGAAAAGGAGGCAGAGCGUCAGGCCCAUAUCCAAAGGAUCAAGGAACGCAGAGCCGCCAAGGAGGAAAAGGAACGAUACGACAAGAUGGCAGAGAAGAUGCACCACAAGCGAGUCGAACGUCUCAAGCGGAAAGAGAAGCGCAACAAGUUGCUCAACUCAUAA